CUAAAAAAAUGACCCCUUUAAACGGCUUCUUUUUAACUGAGAGGAACUUGUAGUGCCAUUAAUAGCACUGGGCUCAUGUGUGAAUCAAUCUCCCUGCCUCUCUCUAUCUCUGUCCUGCCUGUUAAUCAAGGUGUUUGCUAUCACCAGUUCCACUGCAGUGACUGCAGCACAGGAAUGAGUCUAUGUUUGCUUUGUUCAAUAUUUCUCCCUCCCCUUCAGCCUGUGCCAAGAAGGCAGUAGUAAUAAGUGCCAUAUUAAAGUUAGUGUCUGACGUGCUCAGUUCAGUCCGUGUCUAAGCCAUCUGUAUUUGAACACUCAGCAGAGUGUUUGCCACAUUUUGGGGGUAUUUGGUGCUUCUCUUUCUUCGAGGUGGUCCAACCUAAGCAUGAACUGGGCCUUCCUUGAAGGCCUCCUUAGCGGGGUGAACAAAUAUUCCACGGCGUUCGGUCGCAUCUGGCUCGCCAUCGUCUUCAUCUUCAGGCUCUUGGUCUUCCUGGUGGCCUGUGAGAAGGUCUGGGGUGACGAGCAAAAGGACUUUGAUUGCAACACACGGCAGCCCGGUUGUCACAAUGUCUGCUACGACCACUUCUACCCCGUCGCCUACACCCGACUCUGGGCUCUCCAGCUGAUCUUUGUCACCUGCCCGUCCUUUCUCGUGACGCUCCAUGUGUCCUACCGAGAAGAACGUGAGCGCAAACACCGGCUGAAGUACGGAGAAAGCUGCACGCCACUGUACAAUGACACAGGGAAGAAGCGAGGGGGUCUGUGGUGGACCUACUUCCUUAGCCUGCUGUUCAAGAUAACGGUGGAUGGUGUGUUUGUCUUCCUGCUCUUCUACCUCUACGAGGCCACGUUCUUCCCACCGUUGGUGAAAUGCAGCAUAGAGCCGUGUCCCAAUGUGGUGGACUGCUACAUCGCCAGGCCCACAGAGAAGAAAAUUUUCACCGUUUUCAUGGUGGUGACCAGCUUCGUGUGCAUCUUCCUCACUCUUUGCGAGGUCUUCUACCUGUGUGGGAAGAGGUUCUGGGAGUGCAGCGGAAGAGGACAUCGCUCAGUGAGGGAAAACUCCUUCAUGAUGACCAGAACUCCUCUGACUGGGAAGCAGAACUCAACGUUCAAAGAACCGGUUCCGGAGAAGGCCAACGUGGUCGACAACGGCAGUUCAGGAUUUGGCAAAGCGAGUUCAGCCCCAGCGUACGGCAUCGUAGUCUCCUGAGAGAUAUACGUCAUGUUUAUGAGUUUGACUUGGAAGAAUAGUAUCUUUUGUACUGUUGGACACAUUUAUCGGUAACAUGUUAGUGGUUUUAAAGGAAAUGUUGUUUACAAAGUUCAUGUCUUUAUUUUAUUUUUUUUUUUUUUUUACAUCAAAAUGAAGACACAAUGUUUUGUCCCAUAAUAUCGUUUGGCUUUUUAAAGGCUUGUGAUCUAAAAUAACCGAUAUACACUCAAGGUGACUGUAGUAUUUAUGUGAUAAUUUUCAACAUGAGGUUAUUUUUGUUAUCUGUAUGGCCACAAAAUAAAAAUGCUUUACUUAUUCUAAGAUACGAGACCCGCAGUGUGUGUUCUUUAACACAAACAGACUCAUACUUCUGUAUCAGCACACAGCA